CAAUAAACAUAGCUUCUCUGACAACAGCUGUAUUUUAACAUUUUGUCGGAUUAUUUAUGCAAUGCGUGGAACAUUUUACACAAACUUGUUUUCAAUCGAGCUCGGGACACAUCACUUUCGUCCGUCGUGCGGUUUUGGUUGUGUGAAAUACGCGCGGUGCAUUUACUUUAUCGCAAAUAACUUUAUAAAAAGUAAAAAAAGAGCAAGUGGCACAAGAAAAAAAGGAAAUAAUUAAAUUGUGUUUUUUGAUUAGUAAAAAUUCUUUAGCGUAUAACAAAAAAGCCAAUACAACAAAUUUUGUGCUUACGUAUAUUAAGCAAAUUCAUAAUUUCUCUAAAGUUUAUGAGAAUAAAAGCAAAUAUUUGCUAAAUUUAAGCAUAGAAGAGAAAACUGAUAACUGCAAAUUUUUAAACGUCAUUAAUUUUCCUAUUCUCUUUAAGACGUUAUUUCGUAAAAUAAAAAUCAAAAAGGAAGUUUUUUUUUUUUUGCAAAUUUUGUUAUUUCAAGAAUCGCACGUGAAUGGCGAAGCAAUAUCAACCCAUACCAAUGGAUAAUCCCGCCAUAAAUCGUAACAGUGACGUUUCCAAUGAUGAUGCUGACCAUAGUUCGGUGGAAGGUGGUGGUGGCUUGCCAUCGACACAUUCAUCACAACAAUUAGUAGGAUCUGAAAGUAGUGAUAAUUCUGAUGUCAGAAUUAUGAAUGCAACUAGAAAUACAAAUCGUUUCCUGCGUGUAACCCACUCGGCCGCAUUUACAGUAGGCGUACUCUGCUUUGUCAAUUUAAUAAAUUACAUGGACCGAUUUACAAUAGCCGGUGUUCUGACUGAUAUACAAACUGAUUUUAAAAUAGGCGAUGAUGAAGCUGGUCUAUUACAAACAGCUUUUGUACUAUCUUAUAUGAUAUGUGCACCAAUCUUCGGUUACCUAGGAGAUCGUUACUCAAGACGCUGCAUUAUGGCUAUUGGUGUAUUACUCUGGUCAACAACAACGUUACUUGGUUCAUAUAUGAAUCAUUUCGGUUGGUUUAUAGCGUUCCGCGCAUUAGUCGGUAUAGGUGAAGCGUCAUACAGUACAAUUGCACCAACGAUAAUAUCAGAUUUAUUUGUGGAUGAUAUGCGCUCUAAAAUGUUAGCUAUGUUCUAUUUUGCUAUACCAGUCGGUUCAGGAUUUGGUUAUAUUGUCGGUUCUGAGACUGCACGUAUCGCGAAUAACUGGCGUUGGGCACUUCGUGUGACACCCUUCCUUGGUAUUGCGGCUGUGAUUUUGAUAUUGCUCGUUAAAGAUCCCGAACGUGGUGAAAGUGAAGGUGGACAUAAUUUAAGACCCACAACUUAUACUGAAGAUGUUAAGGAUUUGGUCAAGAAUCGUUCAUUUAUGCUAUCGACAGCAGGUUUCACAUGUGUAGCAUUUGUCGCCGGUGCAUUAGCUUGGUGGGGUCCUAAAUUCAUUUUUCUUGGACUUAAAAUGCAGGCUGGAAAUGAAGACCUUGAACAAAAUGACGUAUCGUACAAGUUCGGCAUUAUAGCGAUGAUAGCUGGACUGAUUGGUGUACCGUUGGGUGCAUAUGUAGCACAACGUUUACGACCCUUAAUUGAAAAUUGCGAUCCGUAUAUAUGCGCUGUAGGAUUACUAGUCUCAGCACCGAUGGUAUUUGCAGCGCUAGUGAUGCCACAAAUAAGUCCCUUUUUAUGCUUCUUCUUCGUAUUUUUUGCACAACUAUCACUUAAUCUUUGUUGGAGUAUUGUUGCUGAUAUUUUACUGUAUGUUGUCGUUCCUACUAGAAGAUCCACAGCAGAGGCUUUCCAAAUUCUAAUCUCACAUGCUUUAGGCGAUGCUGGUAGCCCAUAUCUUGUGGGUGUGCUUUCAGAGGCUAUUAAAAAACAUUUUCGUAACAUUACACAUAUAAGUAGUAAUUUGGCUACUGAACCAUUGCAAAGUUUGUCUUUAACAUUAGAAAUGAUGAAUUUCAAUCAAACAAGCAAUGAUACAUUAUUAACAACAACAACGUUGGCGCCAAGUGUUUUUAAUAAUGAUGCUGCAAUAUUUGAGGAUGAUACACCUUUAACGAUGUUUAAAGCAUUGCAAUAUGCACUUUUCUCCACGAGUUUCGUAGAAGUAUUGGGAGGAAUUUUCUUCCUAAUAACAGCAGCGUUUAUACUAAAGGAUAAACAUAGAGCUAGUCAGGCUGCGCGUGGUUAUGAAUUAAGAAAUAUAAGAGUUGAUAUAAACAGUAAGCAAUCUGAGUCGGAAGGCUCAGAAAUGCUAGUAAUGUGUACCGAUAUGACAUUCGAAGACCGGCUUUAAAUGCAAUAUGAAAAAUGUUUUGCAGUGUUAUUCUUAAAACAUUCUUCAAGUAUUUGUUUAAGAUAAACAACAAAUACUUUGUUCAUAUUAGAGAACCAUCAAGCUGUGCCCAACCAUCCGAUAUGAUGUCGAUGAUAUAUCUUAAGAAACAACAAUUCAAAUUAAUUAAAGUCAAUAUCAUGUAUAUGGAAAGCCAUGAAAGACAAAAUAAUCUGCGACUGAACCUAAAUUACUUUUAAUUAUAUUCUAAAAUAAUGUUUUAUACAAUAAUUUACUUCCAUAAAUAUUUUGUGCCUCUAGAGAGCAUGUUCCUGUAAUUUUAUGGUGGAAUAAUCAUAGCUAAUAGUCUCAUGCAUGCCUAUCAUUGUUUUUAUUUUUUUUUUUUAAUUGUGUAGAAUAUUUAAAUUGAAAGUCUCAAGUA